AAAGAGGACAAGCUUGUCCGUCCCCAUAUCCCCCAUUUUAAUCGGACGUAUAGCAACCGAACGUCAUCGCAUUGCUAGCCCCAAUCCAAUUGAGCACCCUACAUCCCCCCUCAUGCAGACAGAGCACAGUACAUUCACAAUACCAUUUGACCUACUAGUAUUUUAUACGUGUACGCGACGAUGAUAUAUAGUCCCGAUGCAGAUAUAGUUUCCGAUCCAUGUAGGGCCAUAGCUCGGUGGCUGUAUUAGACCACGAGCUAGAUCAAGACUUAUCCGACAUCGUUCUAGAUCAGCCAGUUUCGGGUCAACAGUCUAGAAUUCGACAAAAUACUGGGGAACGGAAGCGAAGGGGUCAGAGGGACAUAAUAACGGGUAGGCCCCUCCUUUGAGCUCCCCCUCCUAGUACUUUUAAACUCUCUUUGAACCUUCUCUCCCUCUCCGUUCGUGGUUGUCCUUUGUCUUGCUUCAAUUCCUUCUCGAAGCUGUCAAGAUGAGCUCGACUGCAGUUGAUACUGUCGUGAAGCCUUCCAAGGCAAACAUUGCCGUCUUCACGAAUCCCGCCCACAAGCUAUGGAUCAACGAGGCAGAACCAACAGUAGAGGAUGUGCAGAAGGGAGAGAGCUUGAAACACGGUGAAGUCACUGUUGCUAUCAAGAGCACUGGGAUAUGUGGCUCCGACGUCCACUUCUGGCACGCAGGAUGCAUCGGACCUAUGAUCGUAGAGGGAGAUCAUAUCCUGGGGCACGAAUCUGCUGGCCAGGUUAUCGCGGUGCAUCCGUCAGUGACACAUCUAAAAGUUGGAGAUCGAGUCGCGAUAGAACCGAACAUCAUCUGCAACGAGUGUGAGCCUUGCCUAACGGGCCGUUACAACGGUUGCGAGAAGGUCCUAUUCCUAUCGACACCCCCGGUUCCGGGCCUAUUACGGAGAUACGUAAACCACCCAGCUAUUUGGUGUCACAAGAUUGGAAAUAUGUCAUACGAAAACGGGGCCAUGUUAGAGCCUCUCAGCGUCGCACUGGCUGGUAUGCAAAGAGCCGGUGUUAAUCUAGGUGACCCAGUACUGGUUUGCGGUGCUGGGCCGAUCGGAUUAAUCACAUUGCUCUGCUGUCAAGCUGCUGGCGCUUGCCCUCUAGUCAUUACCGACAUCGACGAAGGGCGACUAAAAUUCGCCAAGGAGAUCUGCCCGUCAGUCAUAACCCACAAAGUAGAGAGGGCGAGUGCCGAAGAUUCGGCUAAGAAGAUCGUAGAAUCUUUCGGUGGCAUCGAACCAUCUCUGGCUAUAGAGUGCACUGGAGUGGAGAGCAGUAUAGCAUCGGCCGUCUGGGCUGUUAAAUUCGGAGGCAAGGUAUUCAUCACCGGUGUCGGGAAGAACGAAAUCAACUUCCCCUUCAUGCGGGCCAGCACCCGAGAAGUUGACGUAGAGUUCCAAUACCGAUACUGCAACACGUGGCCUCGAGCUAUUCGCUUGGUCGAGAAUGGCGUAGUAGACCUCUCAAAGCUUGUUACUCAUCGAUUCAAGCUUGAAGACGCUCUCGACGCCUUCAACACGGCAGCGGACCCUAAGACGGGUGCCAUCAAAGUCCAAAUUCAAAGUCUCGAUUAGCUCAAACUCCACUAUACUCAUAGGAGAGUAUGCGGCAGAGUUAGGAACCAUUAUUAGAGUGAGGGCUCUGGGGCCAAGGUCAAGUGAGUCUUUGGGAAUAGGUAUCUUCUUAGCGUAAUGAUACAUAAACAACGCAGCUAGUGAUACAUAAAUAAAGCAUAAUAAAGACUAUAGAUCAAGCCAGCUGUGAUGAUAUUGGGUGUUCAAUGUGAAAUUUACCAUAGUGAGUAUAAGUGAGUAUAAUGUAAAAAAGAAAAAUGAAGCCAUGAGGUUCAAAAGGUCAAAG